CAGGCCAGAGUUGACAGCGACCUGGAGGAGACCUCCGAGGUGGAGGUGGAGCUGCAACGUCCAGAAAUCGGCUCGGAGAGUGAGAGCAGCAUGUACGGUCCCACCAAGAAGAAGAAGAAGAAACCGAAGGAGAAGAAAGAGAAGAAGCCCCGGAAGAAGAAGAGAGAUGAGGAGGAUGACGAUGAUGACGACGAUGAUGGUAACUUGAAGGAACCCAAAUCCUCGAGCCAGCUGAUGCAGGAGUGGGGUCUUGAGGACGUUCAGUACGGCUUCACCGAGGACGACUAUAAAACCAUCACCAACUACAAGGCUUUCAGCCAGUUCCUCAGACCUCUCAUUGCCAAGAAGAACCCGAAGAUUCCCAUGUCAAAGAUGAUGACGGUGUUGGGGGCCAAGUGGAGAGAGUUCAGUGCCAACAACCCGUUCAAAGGCGCAUCUGCCACCGCUGUGGCCGCCGCUGUGGCUGCCGCUGUGGAAACGGUUACCGUGGCACAGCCAACGACUGUCGGCGGCAGCCAGCCGAGCUCUCAGCCGGGGCCAAUCAAAAAAGCCAAAACCAAAGAGGGAAAGGGACCCGGAGUCAGGAAGAGAAGCAAGUCUGUGAAGGAGGUGAAGAAGAAGCCGAAGCCGAAAAAGACCAAAUCAAAGUCGGGCCAAAGUGGGAAGAAGAAGAAAGCCUCCUCGAGUGAGGAGGACUUCCUGGAGGAGUCAGACUUUGAUGACAUCAGCAUCCACAGUGCCUCAGUGUUUUCCGAUACCUUGGGGGCCGCCACCAAGAAAAAGGCCCGGCGUGGGCGGAAAAAAAGGAAAAAGGAGGACGGGGACGGCUACGAGACCGAUCACCAGGACUACUGUGAGGUCUGUCAACAGGGCGGAGAGAUCAUCCUGUGUGACACGUGUCCCAGAGCGUACCACCUGGUCUGUCUGGACCCCGAGCUGGAGAAGGCCCCCGAGGGCAAAUGGAGCUGCCCGCACUGUGAGAAAGAGGGCAUCCAGUGGGAGGCCAAAGAUGAAGAUGAGGAGGAGGAGGAGGCCGCGGCUGAGGAGGAGGACGACCACAUGGAGUUCUGCAGAGUGUGUAAAGACGGAGGAGAGCUGCUGUGUUGCGACACCUGCCCGUCCUCCUACCACAUCCACUGCCUCAACCCGCCUCUGCCGGAGAUACCCAACGGAGAGUGGCUGUGUCCUCGGUGCAUGUGUCCACCGCUGAAAGGUAAAGUACAGAAGAUUCUGCACUGGACAUGGGGAGAACCUCCGCUGCCGGCUGAGCUGCCCGCCGGCCCCGACGGAAAACCAAACGAUCCACUGACCAAGCCUCCGCUCAAGGGCCACGCAGAGAGGGAGUUCUUCGUAAAGUGGGCUGGUCUGUCGUACUGGCACUGCUCCUGGGUCAGCGAGCUGCAGUUGGAGCUGUAUCACACCGUCAUGUAUCGGAACUACCAGCGAAAGAACGACAUGGACGAGCCGCCGCCGUUCGACUACGGCUCCGGAGAGGAGGAGCUCAACAACGAGAAGAGGAAGAGCAAAGACCCCCAUUACGCCGUGAUGGAGGAGCGCUUCUACCGCUACGGCAUCAAACCCGAGUGGAUGGUGAUCCACCGGGUGGUCAACCACAGUUUUGAUAAAGACGGCGAUGUGCACUACCUGAUCAAAUGGAGAGACCUGCCCUACGACCAGUGCACCUGGGAGGUGGAUGACUUUGACGUCCCAGAGUACGACAGUCAUAAAGCUUUCUACUGGGACCACAGGGAGCAAAUUCUAGGGGAGGACCAACGCCCCCUGGUGGCGAGAAAAGGACAAAAACUCAAAGAGGACCAUCAAAAAAGGGAGGUCCCUCCUGACGCUCCCAUCAUAGAUCCAACCAUCAAGUUUGAGCACCAGCCCUGGUACAUCAACGCCACUGGAGGAACGCUGCACCCGUACCAGCUGGAGGGCCUGAACUGGCUGAGGUUCUCCUGGGCUCAGGGCACAGACACCAUCCUGGCCGACGAGAUGGGCCUGGGAAAGACGGUGCAAACGAUAGUGUUUCUCUACUCUCUGUAUAAAGAGGGUCACUCUAAGGGGCCUUUCCUGGUGAGCGCGCCUCUCUCCACCAUCAUCAACUGGGAGCGGGAGUUUGAGAUGUGGGCUCCAGAUUUCUAUGUGCUGACGUACACCGGGGACAAAGACAGCAGGGCGACGAUCCGGGAGAACGAGUUCACCUUUGAAGACAGUGCAGUGAAAUCAGGGCGAAAGGUGUUUCGCAUGAAGGUGCGUCGCGCUCUGACCGCUGCUCCAAGACCACACCCAGAACCGAUACUGAAAUAUUACAAGUUCAUCCUGACGCGGAACUUCGAGGCUCUGAACUCUAAAGGGGGAGGGAACCAGGUGUCGCUGCUGAACAUCAUGAUGGACCUGAAGAAGUGCUGCAACCAUCCCUACCUGUUCCCUGUGGCUGCUGUGGAAGCUCCUGUGUUACCCAACGGAUCUUAUGAUGGAAACCUGCUGGUGAAGUCCUCAGGAAAACUGACGCUGCUUCAGAAAAUGCUGAAGAAACUCAAAGACGAGGGACACAGAGUUCUCAUUUUCUCUCAGAUGACAAAGAUGUUGGAUCUUCUGGAGGAUUUCUUGGAGUUUGAGGGAUAUAAAUAUGAACGUAUCGAUGGAGGAAUCACUGGAGGCCUGAGACAGGAGGCCAUCGACCGCUUCAAUGCGCCGGGGGCUCAGCAGUUCUGCUUCUUGCUCUCAACACGAGCUGGAGGUCUCGGCAUCAAUCUUGCCAGCGCAGACACUGUCAUCAUCUACGACUCCGACUGGAAUCCUCACAAUGACAUUCAAGCUUUCAGCAGGGCCCACCGUAUCGGCCAAAACAGGAAGGUGAUGAUCUACCGCUUCGUGACAAGAGGCUCGGUGGAGGAGCGGAUUACUCAGGUGGCGAAGAGGAAGAUGAUGCUGACCCAUCUGGUGGUGCGGCCAGGCCUGGGCUCCAAAACCGGCUCAAUGUCCAAACAGGAGCUGGACGACAUCCUCAAGUUUGGCACGGAGGAGCUUUUCAAAGAUGAGAUGGAGGCGGCCCGGGCCAUGGGUGACAACAAAGAUGGAGAGGAGGGCAACGUGAUUCACUACGACGACGAUGCCAUCUCCAAGCUGCUGGACCGCAGCCAGGACGCCACUGAGGACACGGAGAUUCAGAACAUGAACGAGUACCUGAGCUCCUUCAAGGUGGCUCAGUACGUGGUGAAGGAGGAAGACGGAGAGGAGGAGGUGGAGCGUGAGAUCAUCAAGCAGGAGGAGAACGUGGAUCCAGACUACUGGGAGAAACUCCUCCGUCACCACUACGAGCAGCAGCAGGAGGAUCUGGCUCGGAACCUGGGCAAAGGCAAACGCAUCCGGAAGCAGGUCAACUACAACGACACGACGCAGGAGGAUCAAGACAAUCAGUCGGAGUACUCCGUGGGGUCCGAGGACGAGGACGAAGAUUUCGAGGAGAGGCCUGAAGGAGGGCGCAGACAGUCUCGCCGGCAGCUGAAAAGCGAGAGAGACAAACCUCUGCCUCCGUUACUGGCACGUGUUGGAGGCAGUAUUGAGGUCCUGGGGUUCAACGCUCGCCAGAGGAAAGCCUUCCUCAACGCCAUCAUGCGCUGGGGCAUGCCGCCGCAGGAUGCUUUCAACUCUCACUGGCUGGUGAGGGACCUGCGAGGGAAGAGCGAGCGUGAGUUCAGGGCCUAUGUGUCUCUGUUCAUGAGACAUCUAUGUGAGCCGGGGGCGGACGGAGCAGAGACCUUCGCUGAUGGCGUCCCACGAGAGGGUCUGUCUCGUCAGCACGUUCUCACCAGGAUCGGGGUCAUGUCCCUCGUCAGGAAAAAG